AUGGUUUUGUUCAAACACACUCUUUCAGCCAUUUGUCUUUCUCUAGCUCUGGUGGUAGCUGAUCCUCAGUGCAUCACUCACAAUGAGACCUUCGUUCCAGACGCGGUGCUACGAGUGAGCACCUCAAACAUCUCCCAACCAUGUUAUCCGUCCAAGUCAACAGUUCUUGUCAAUGGGACUUCUCCUGGUCCGGAGUUGAGGAUCAAGGAGGGGAUCACGUAUUGGAUUCGGGUUUAUAAUGAUAUGACCGACAAGAACUUGACCAUGCAUUGGCAUGGUCUAACUCAAGCCAUGGCCCCUUUUUCCGAUGGAACACCUCAAGUGAGUCAAUGGCCGAUUCCACCUUUGCAUUUUUUUGAUUAUGAGAUAAAUGUUCCGAUUGGAAUGGCAGGAACAUAUUUCUACCACAGCCAUGAGGGAUUCCAAGCGGUUUCUGCUACUGGGCCUCUGAUUGUCGAAGAGGACAGAGUACCAUGCCCAUACCAGUACGACGAAGACAAGAUUAUCUUUCUGCAAGACGUCUUUACCAAAGAUGAAUCAACGAUUGAAGCAGGGUUGGUUGCUUCCCCGUUGUCAUGGAGUGGUGAAACAGGCAUGAUUUUGGUGAACGGAAAAGGUGGAGGAAGUGCAAAUGGAACUGUGUGCAAUGCAAGUCUUUCAAUCAUUGAUGUCCAGCGGGGAAAGACAUACCGGUUGCGAUUCAUUGGGGCCACGGCACUCACAUUUGCAUCUCUCGCCUUGGAGGGCCAUGAUUUAGAGAUCAUCGAAGCCGAUGGUCAUUCCACCCAACCUCACAACACCUCAUUCCUUCAGCUCGGCACCGGCCAACGCUUCAGCGCUUUACUACAUACCAAACCCAACCCCGAGAAAAGCACAUACUACCUACAGCUCGAGUCCCGUGAACGCCCAACCCUCACGCGCGGUUUCGCAGUCCUCAAUUAUGGGCCUAAACCCUCCACUCCUUUCACACCCCCAUCCCAACCACCACUCACUCUCCCCAACACCACGCUCGGCUUCCUCGAUUACCAACUGCAUCCAUUUCUUCCACCCAAAGACGGUUCAUUUCCAACAGCGCAAGACGUGACCCGCCGCGUCACAAUAACAGUGCACCAGCGCGUCUCGGGACAAACGGUAUGGAUAGAAAACCACUAUGACUGGACCACUGCCUUCCCUGCUGAACCGUAUCUCGUAUCGUUGUACAAAAAUGAUAGCAUUGAGUUCCCAUCCAUGGAGCGUGCCCUUGCCAACAACGGGAUCGACCCUAUCUCUCGUGCCUUCCCCGCUCAAAUCGGCGAAGUCCUCGAGAUUGUCAUCCAGAACACAGGUGCAGAUGCUGGAGGACUAGACAUUCAUCCUUUCCACGCACACGGCGCGCAUUAUUGGGACCUCGGAUCGGGGAACGGAACAUACGAUGCGACGACCAACGAAGCUAAAAUCGCAGCAUCCGGGCCGCCGAUUCAGAGGGAUACAACGAUGUUGUAUCGUUAUGCCAAGAGUACCGCUAAUGGAACGGAUAUGGGAUGGCGUGCUUGGAGACUCAAGAUUACGGAGCCGGGGGUGUGGAUGGUGCAUUGUCAUAUUUUGCAGCAUAUGCUUAUGGGGAUGCAGACGAUUUGGGUCAUGGGGAAUGAGACUGAGGUGCUGGGGAAGGUGAAGCGGCCGGAUGUGCAGGGGUAUUUGGAGUAUGGAGGUAGUGUGUAUGGCAAUGAGAACCGGUGGCCGAGCGUGGUGCAUUUCACGGAUAAUGAGGAGGGUGAUGGUUGGAGUGAUUAUCAGUAA